CUCCUCCACCUUUUCCCUUCUUGCUCUCCUGAGCUUCUCUCUGCUACUCCCUCUCUCUCUCUCUCUCUGCAGAAACCCCACAUACAAACACUUAUUUUCUAACCAAAAAAGGGCCAAAAUAAACAGCGCAAGCACAAUUCAAUCGAAAAUAAUGUUUGGAGUAGUGUUCCCCAAUCGUAGUUUCCCAAUGGACAUCUCCACCUUCACCCAAAUCGACACCUUCCAUUGGGUCCUCGACAUGAACACCUUCGUCGGGGAGGCGUACGAUUCAAUCCGCGAAGUCUGCAUCUUCCUCCUCAACAACUUCACUCUACCGCCAGACAAAGCCCUAGCGGUCUACAUCCAAGCCCCAGGCUCGCCUUUCCUCUUCUGCGGCGCCGUAACGCUCUCUCGCCCCUCCGCUGUCCUCUCUCUCCCGUGGCCGGACCCCGGCGGCCAAAUGCAACUUACCGCCGACGCUGCCCCGCUCUCCGCCAAAAUCGGUGUCUCCGUCGAGGACCUGGCGUCGCUGCCCUCCUUGGACGUCACGGCGGAGAAGAAAAUUGAGAGAUUGGCAUUGAAGGUUGGGGAGAAUUUGUUUAAUUUCAUGCAGUCGUUUUGUGGAGUGGAUGGGAGUAAGUUGGUUGUGCCAAUGGAUAUAUUGGAUAGGUGGUUUAAGAAGUUUCAGGAACGGGCCAAGCGUGAUCCUGAGUAUUUGAAGGGUUUCGCAUUGUAGCUUUCAAGAGGUAGAUAUAUAUGAUUAUGUGUAUUGACUAAAAUUGUGAUGAAAAGUUUUUGAAUUUAGUUGAUUUUGUUUGCUUAAUU